AUGGAAAUUGGAGCAUCUACUGACACCACGAACCCAGGACGAGUUGGUUCUGGACCAAGUAUUCGCUGGGGUGAAAGGUGGGGUGUGUUGGGGCACAACCACGAUCAGUCUAAGCGUAAUUGGUCACCGAACCUUGCACCUCUAUAUUUCUUAAGGGACGACCUCCACCCUGGUAGCAAGAUGAACGUCACCAUAAUGAUCAGCCCGACAAUGGUAGAUGGUUCUAAAGGUGGUAUCAGCAUUGAGCCAACCUUCUUGCCACGCCAACAAGCUCAAGCAAUUCCCUUCUCCACCUCCAAUCUCACUACCAUCCUUAAGACGUUCUCCAUUCAACCCCACUCUGAGUACGCAUCUUUUACAAGGCAAACGCUUCAAGAUUGUGAGGGGCCUGCACUUAAAGGAGAAGUUAAGUACUGUGCAACAUCUCUGGAAUCCAUGAUCGAUUUCGUUGUCGCAGAACUCGGAAGCCGUGAGAUUCAUGCAGUCGUCACUUCCGUUGUUAACAAAGAGGAGAAGGUGAAGGCGAGGACUUACAGAGUAGGUGAUGGAGGGGGGAAAGUGAUGUCUUCCAAAGUUGUGACAUGCCACGACGUCACGUUUCCUUAUGCCGUCUUCUACUGCCACAAUUUCCAGGGCACAAGGCCAUACAUGGUUCCAUUGAUUGCUGAUGAUGGUAGCCGAGUAAACGCCAUUGCUUUGUGCCAUUUUGAUACAUCAAAUUGGAACCCUGGACACGCGAGCUUCCGGUUGCUGGGUGUGAAACCGGGAACUGUUCCCAUUUGCCACUUCAUUCUAAAGGAUCUCGCCUGGGUGACCUUCACGCUACCUCCUUAG